CAGAUACUUUCCAGCCAAAUUGGAAUCAACGACUCGAACUUGAAAAGUCGUCUGUCUCUUCUUUCUUCAGCUGUUGAGACUUUUUGCCAAAAAUUAUCGAGUCGUUGUUAGUUAAUUAAUUAGCAAUUCGCAAUGUGCUCAAAUACUUGUGAAUUUUCACGAUAAAGUUAUAUCUAGUUUCAGUCUCUGUGAUAAUACUCGAGUUCAAAUGGCCGGUAAUAUUCCAUCCACGACGUCGACGACAACGACGACAACGACGGCAACGACGACGACAAGUGGGAACCAGACUGUGACACACUUUACCUUAUCCAGUGGACCGACAACGUUGCCACCUACAUAUCAGCCGCUUUAUGCGGGUGUGAUACGGAUUACCGGUCGCAUUCCGAACCCUGGUGGUGCUUCCUCUUCUGGUAGUUCGACCCAGACAACAAGUAGUAAUGGCAAUCCAAUAGGAAUAGGAAAUUACCGACUGGCCAAUGCCAACCAUUUGCCAAAUUAUACUAUUGUUCAAGAGCAGGGGGUGAUGAGAGUCAAAUUUCAUACCGGUCCAAACGGUUCCCUGAACUUUGCCUUUGCUCCAAAUCUCCAGCAGGCCGGAGGGCCGAUAUACACCCAAGCUCAGACCGUCCCUACCACAACCUCUUCAACUUCGACAGUCCCGACCAUGAUCCCCGCUGGUAACCUUGUAUACAAUCUCAGUGGGACGCUGACAACUUCAAGGACCCCGAUAAUUUCAGGCUCGCCCCAACCGGGACAAAGUGGUAGAAAUUUGCCAUCAAACUUGAACGACCCAUCACGAGGCCAACAUCAACAAAACAACAACCAGCCUGCCCAACAAGUCCCGCAAGCAGGCGUGUUACCAGCGUCGGCGAUAAGGAGAAGGAAUAACGCAGUGGCAGCAUCAGGUCGACCCACGACUGCCUCAGUUCGACAUAUCCCAUACUCAUCUACAUCCACAUCGACGCCGGCGGCGACAUGGGUUAACUCACUCAUUGCAAGUGGUGCUGUAGGUGCAACUGGCGCUGUGGCUACUGCGACAACAUCACCAUCACCACGUGUGGUGCUUCCAAUGCCUCGUCUUUUCCCACCACCCCCACCGCCGACCGCGUCACCGAGCACUCCGCCAAACUGGGCGGCCAAUCAUAAUACAACACUGACUUGUCUUUCACCCUUCAAACUAUUCCCUGUCAACGAGAACACUGCAGAGUACAAAGUUUUAGCGGAUUUACUCCACCCCGUGAAAAUUCUGGGGGUGGAGCAAGUCGUGAAUCCGGAUUUAUGGGAAAGAUUCGUCGCCGCGAGAAAGGACAUGCUAAGAACGAAAAGUGACGAUCUUUUGCUGCUCAAGGGCCUUGGUCUGGAUGAAACGCAAGUCGUGAGAAGUGCUCAAAUGUCAUUUAAUCAUGAUAAGGACGACGCUGUUGCUGAUUCGCGAUACACAGACAAUAUGGCGCUACUCUUCCAUUGCACUAGAAACGCGGGGGGUAUUGACGCCAUAUUGACACAAGGAUUGGACGAGCGAGUCAGCAAUCAGAACCCGGGAUUGUUAGGAAGGGGAAUUUAUUUUGCGGAUAAUCCACAAAAAUCGGUUAAUUACGACGGCGGGUCGAACGUCAUAUUAGUCUUUGCGGUGCUUUUGGGGGAUUGUUUGUCAAUGGAUCAAUCUCAAAAUAAGAGGUUACUGGUGAGGGAGCCGGAGAAAGUAGAGUCGCAAAAGAGGAACUUUAAAGAUCAGUUCUUUGAUUCGAUAGUCGCAAGGCCGGGAACGGAUAACGAAUAUGUUAUCUACAAUAGAUAUCAGUGCUGUCCCCUCUACAAAGUCAAAUACCAACGCGGAGUAAUCCUUUCUCCGAACCAUAACAACUCCAGCGCCCUAAGCGAUCUACCCGCCUUUCGCCAGCAUCGCCCUCCAAUUGCAUGGGCCGCCCCGAGCACUGGAGUGGGACCUGCUUUACCUCCACCCACCUCAAGACAAGGCUGGCCAUUCUCAGCUCGCUACAUCUUUGCCCAGAUGGGUGUCCAACACCAAGAAGAAGAUGACUUCGACCUCAACAGCUCCAUGGCUGACGGCGUCGUUCCUUGCAUUCCCUCACCACCAAGUGAAGACUCUAUCGCAGAAAAAUUACAAAUGCUCGCGAAUCUUGGAUUCUUUGACAUUGACGAAAAUCGGAGAACGUUAAAGAAGUUUAACUACAAUAUGGAUCUUUGCGUUAACCAUUUGCUUGACCAACCAACUCCAAUGAUACUGGGAGAACCUCCUAUCCCCUUGAAAAAGACUAGCAUUCCCAUGUUUGACAUCGACAUGGAUGCCGAUAGCUCAGCCGACACUUCCGGCCCGUGCACGUCGGCACAAGCGGUACUAAGAGAUGCCAAGAAGUCGAACCCUGUCACGACUAACGACACAUUGUUGGAGGAGAGUCGACAUUGGGCGUUCAAUAGGGCAUAUUUGGCCGAUUCUACCCCAGUUGUAAAGCCAACUACCACAAGGAAGACCGUACCAUGCGCCACUGUAACUUCGGAGGUUUCGUCUACCACCCCUGAGCGUAUGGACUCCUGUCCCAUCUGCUAUGAAGACAUACCCUACAACUCCCCCACGUCAUGGGUCGAGUUGAAAUGUGCGCACAAGAUGUGUACCGCGUGUCACGCCAGGAUUAAAAUUACUCGGAGAACCAUGGCCGGCAUUGAAUAUACUUGUGUUAUCUGUCCAUUUUGUCAAAAUAUGACAGGCAUCAGAAUUGGCGACUGUCCAGAUGGGACCAUGACCGUGACGACGUCUGCCGGUCGAUGUGAAGGGUACGAGCAGGUGGAUGCAAUGAUGAUCGACUAUCGCGUGUCAGACCCACGUCACCCGCGCUUGCAUAGAGUAGCGUACUUGCCAGACACUCCCGAAGGACGGGAGAUCAUGGCUCUGCUCAGGGAGGCGUGGGAUCGGAGAUUAAUCUUCACCGUUGGCACGAGCAACACUACUGGACAACAGAACGUCUUGGUUUGGAAUAUUCAUCACAAGACGUCCGCUCGUGGAGGGCCGCAAACAUACGGGUAUCCAGAUCCUGGCUAUUUCGAAAGGGUAAAGGCUGAGUUGAAGGCGUUCGGGAUCCAAUGAGAAGAGAGACUGAUCAGUUGUGAGAGCUUAACUGCAACUGGGCGACAAAAACUAAGCGUGAUCUUAUAAAUCCAAAUGGAGAAAUGUGUGUGCCAUUUUGAUUUAAAUGGUGUUAUUAAUUAAUCAUAGGUGACAUAACCUAAAAAUAUAUAAUUCUAUAAUAAGGUAUGUAUCGAAGAUUAGAAAUGAAUACUGCAGAUUUAAUACAAAUUAAUUUAUUAAAUUAUUUAUAUGAUAUCAUACAACCUGGUGGAAUUCGGUGUACUAGUUUAUAAUUAUUUUUGUAACAAUAAUCUGGCUAAUUUCGUGGUAAAUAUAAUUUAGUAAAUUGUUUGCUUGUCAGGAAGACAUUAAUUCCUGCUGGAGAAUUUUGUAAUACACUAUUGAAGAAUAUUUUUGAAAUGAAAUUCGAAUUGUAUGACAUAAAUAGUAAAUGUACUUGUGUAGCAUAAUUACAUAAUGACAUUUAUGUAUAAAUACUUGAUUCGUUGCCAACUUGCGCCAAUGUUAUGCAUAGCUUAACUAUGGCGCAAGCUACAAGGAGUGAAGUAUAUACAUAAAUGCAGUUAAUAGAAUUUGUGAGUUUUGACGAGUGUAUACAAAUGUGCGUAUUAAAACUAAUUUGUAACUCAUUAUAUUUUUGGUACUCUAACAAAUACUGAGAUUAAUAUUCUUAUAAAUUUGAAAUACAGGAAAUUUCCAAAAAA